CCACACGGUAGGUAGGGUGUGCCGUCACCGCCCGCAAUCUUCGACCACCUGCCCGUCACCGCCGCGAUCGGGUCUAAGCCAAAAACCACGAGCACGACGACGUUUGUCAUCUCGAAGCCCUCCUCGCGAGUCCCUCGUUCCUGCUUCUUGGUCUUUCGAUCAUAAGGCGCCGACGCAAUGGUCCAGCGGCUGAUUCUGUCAGCCUUGACAGCCCUUUGGCUCGCAGCGUUCCCAGCCUUGGCGAGCUUGCCAUUUGACGUCUCGUACCCACGGCAAUGCACGCCGCUCAACGUGACGUGGACUCCGUCGUCGGCCGGCUACCCAUACACAGUCUACAUCAUGGCUGUGGGCGGUGCAAUCCAAUCAUACACAAUCAAUAAGGACUAUCAGCCCAAUUCAGACAAGAUCACCUUCCAGUACCUCGUCCCACAGCCGGGUAGUACAUUCAGCAGCUUCGUCGUCGCCGUGGCCGACAACCAGGGCAACGGCAACAGCACAAACGUGCUGCCCAUCAACGUCGGUGGGAAUUCUUCGAGCUCUUGUGGUGCUUUCUCGGGUACGACGCAGUGGACUUAUGCCGCCGACUCGCAGACGGGCACCAUCGGUGAUCGGCCGCAGUGUGGCACGGUCAAGUACUACCCCGUAUCACCGCCUUUUCGUGGCACGAGUCCCUUCUCCAUCACCCUCGUCCCCCUCGGUUCGACCCCUGUCACAGUGUCGAUCCCGCAGUCGUCGACGCAGAACGAGUCGUACUUUGUCUACAACUCGACGGUCCCCUUCAAGUCUGGCACGCAGUACUACCAAUUCCUGAGCGAUGCGCAGGGAGGUGGAUCGGGAGGUGGAAGCCCCAUCUACACAGUCAGCGACGGGAGCGACUCGUCGUGCCUGCGAAGCAGCUACCAGCUUCCCGACAUGCUCAACAGCCGUGCUAUGCCGUCUGGAAUCACCACGGCCUCAUUCAGCAAUAUGGCGGGCGCCAUUAGCAACGAAGACGGUGCGAGUAGUGGCUCGAUCCCAAGCUCGGGCGACAGCUCAUCUUCUGGUGGGAGCGGUACCAACGUCGGAGGGCUCGUGGGUGGCAUCAUUGGUGCCGUUGUGGGCGUGGGUGCGAUUCUUCUCCUCGUCGCCUUCUUCCUCCUCUAUCGGCGGCGACAAAAGAGAAAGCGCGAUGCAGCGCGCAAGGAGGAGCCGCAGUUCGUCGACCUGGACGGCGACGACGAUGAGGCAGGUACUCUUGGUAUCCUCCCGGCUUCGCGUCGCAGGCGACAGAACCAGGGCGUCUCGCAGUCGUACAACGUCUCGCCCUUCACCUACGAACAGGCCGCUCAGCACUCUCCCGAGCCCCACGAGGGCGGCCCAUCGAGCUACUACGACAUGCCAGCAACGGGCUUUGCACCCUACUCUCUCUCGCGGCCGGGGAGCAUUGCCGCGAGUGCUAGCGAAGGGCGGCAGCCAGGCGCAGUCAGCCCUGGGUCAACGUACCCGCCCGGGCCAGCCUCCUUCCACCCGCAUGCCGGCGUGCCAAGCAUGGGUCCCGGCUCGACAAGCUACCUUGGCAGCAAUGGCAUCGGCUCUGACCCAUCAGAUGCAGGCAUGGAGAUCAUGCCGGCCAACAGCGCCAGCACACACCCGAGUGGCCCAGGCAGCGUGUCGAACCAGGGCGCAUACAGACUGCGGACGCGCAACGAGGCUGGAGCAGCCUCGACGUCGGCCGAGGCCGGUCCCUUGCCCCAGAAGGGCCAGCUGGCGGAGGAUCUGGCGCACGACGAUGCCCAUCGAAGAUACAUGAUGCACGCCGACGCCGGACCGGUGCCCCAGCCGGGCGCACACGGCCACGGCGACGUAGAGGAGCUGCCGCCAAAUUACGGCGAGUGGUCAGGGCAGACCCCUUCGGCUGCCGCCCCUCAGGGCGAGCCAAGACAGCAGUAGACGUUGUCUGGCGAUGGACGAUGCGCUGCUCAAGCCUCCUUCAUCUCUCUUUCGUGGAUCCUCCUCCUCUCAUCAUCCUCUCUUGGCUUCCUUUCAGUCUGCAUUCACUUCUUCUUUUUAAAUACCACUCGCACAUCUCAUUCGUCGCUUGACCCGCCUGCCUGCUUUGUC